AUGGAUAGAAAUGGAGAAUCAAUAUUCACAUCUAAUUUUUGGAGAGAAAUCAAUGAGUAAUUUUUUAUGGUUCUGUCUCCUGUCAACAUCUCUGAUAUUAGAGUCUUCAAAAAGAAAUGUAAUCAUUUUAUUCAUAAAAUAGUUUCUAAUUAUGUAAACUUAAAUUGUCAUAAAUUAUUAGAUAAACUUCUUAGACAUAAUAACAGAUCUAAAUUAUCUUAAUUCAACUUUAUCAACUUAAAAUAAAGAAUUUCAUUGCUCUUUCAAGAAAGCUAAUAACAUUCAGAACCCAUUUAAAAUUUAGUUGAUGAAAUGAUAGACCAAAUUUGUUUUGCUCAUCUUGUAGAAGGACUACAGCAGACUUAAGAUCUCAUUUAAAAUAUGUCCCAAUUAACAGAAUAACAACAAUAAAUAAUAUACAAUUAAGAAAAUUAAAUAUUGACUAAUCUACACCAAAUGAUCGAUUGCCAAGAUGAACUGUCCCAACAUAUAUAAUAACUUGAAUCAUAACUUGAACAACUUGAUAAUUAGAAUUCCAUUCAAUAGUACAAUACAAUUCCUAAUAUAAUUAGGCUUGAAUAACAUGUUAAUGAAAUCAACAAUUCUCUGCUCUUUACCUAUUCUUCCUAAAUACUCCAUUAAAAUACCCUUAAAUUAACCAGAACCAGAAUCAAAAAUCAUAAGGAAGAGCUCUCCGCAUUGAAGGACUUAAUCAUAUUGCAUGAAGAUUACCAAGUGGCGGAAAGCAUUGGAAAAGCUACUUUCAACGAAUCAAGUAAACUCAACCAACUUAUUUUGUAAAGGUAACACCAUUACUGUGAUCUUUGAUAAAUAUUUGAGUCAAACUUAAAUCGAUCUCAACUUGGAACACUUUGCAAAUCUACAAAAAUUGAGAGAAGUGCCUUACGAAUUUCCUGAUUAAUUGCCUGGACUCAGAUCUGAUGUAAAUGGAUUGAAUUUAUGUAGGAUGUAUUCGAAAUGCAAAUGUGUCAUUUUUGUAAGUUGAUGGUUGAUGUUAAAAAUCUGAAAUAGUGUUCAUAUAAUCAUUAUUAGAUGGGGUUACAUGAAUACAAUGAAGAUUUAUUAAUUUGUUAAAGAUAUUAAAUUAAUGCAAAGUCUUAAUAAUCAUAUUUUUUAGAUCUCUAUUCUACAAAUUACAUCAUUGAAAGUACUUUAAAUUUUGACAUAUUAUAGAUUAAUAGAUACAAUGCAAAAGAUACUUUUGUUUAAAAUGUUUAAAGCAUGAAUUUGAUUCAUAUGAAACUACUCAAUUUCUUUGGAUUUGUCCCUUAUGCAAAGUAAAUACUACUUAUAAUCAACGUAGGGAUUAUGUUCUUGUCUCAGGUGUUCAAGAAAUGAAAUUAUUUAUAAAUUAAAGAGACAAUACUUGGAAUUGAAUGGAAAUUUGGAAGAUAUUUAUUAAUCAUCCUAUUUUGAGAUACUUGUGAAUGAAAAACGAAAGCAAAUUAAAAAUAUUCCCAUUGAAUUUAUUAAUUUAAUUAAAAACAAACAAGAAAACAAUGAUGAUACUUUAACACCAAAAAGUAAUUUGAAACAUAAGAGAUCAAUGACCAAGGGUAUGAUGAAGAAGAAAAUGAAGAAAAAUGAUUCAGCUUAGAAAUCACAUAAGCUUACCCAUAUAGAGAGUUCCUCAUCAUCAGUGAAAAUUAAGAAAUCAAAGGAGAUCAAAAAGAGAUCUUUGUUUCUUAAUAACAAUCAUAAUGAUCCUUCUAAUCAAUAAAUCUUUAUCUAAUGA